CAUUAGCUAUAAAACCGCCUACUGGCUGUGCAUCACAAUCAAUCGAACGCCGACUGUAAAAUGACGCGAAACACUUUUCUUUCCCUUUCAAUAAUACUGGCAAUCGUCGUGUGUGAAGCACAUGCCUUAACCUGCACGGCUUGCGACGGUAAGGCCGAUUGUGAGUCCGGAGGACGAUCGGUCGAGUGUACGGUCGCACGGGUUGCCAACAUACAUAAGUUGUAUUCGUAUGUUAACCCAUCGCUAAACGCCGAGUUACCGCAAGAUCCCGAAUUCACCUGCUUCCGCAUGCUCAUGGAUUACGAAAGUCCACUAACGGGAAGCCUGAUCAGUGUAGUUCAACGGGAUUGUGCCAUCAAGCAGGCUAAGUUUUGCAAAUACGGGAACUGGGUGAACAGUGACUUUUUCGCCUGUAGAAGCUGCACAGGGGAUAAUUGCAACGCGGUUCGGAAGACAUAGUCAAAAGAAAGUACAUCUGCUUCGAAUUAGUGUCGCCUUGAGCGAGCAUAAUGUGAUGAGUAAUAGCCAAUUCAGCUUUCCCCAAUAAAAUAUAUUUAACCAAAAGAUUA